AUGAGAUUCUUCAUCCUUUAUAUAAUUGCGGUAGCUACUGCUGCCAUAUUGGGAAUUGAUUUUGGACAGCAGUUUACAAAGGCUGUCUUACUUGCACCUGGUAUUCAAUUUGAACUUGUAUUGACCGAUGAAGGUAAGCGUAAAGAUCUUUCAGGACUUUCGAUCCGCCCACAUCCUGAGAGUAAGGACGAAUUGGAAAGAGUUUAUGGAUCAGCUACUGGCUCACUUUGCACUAGAUUCCCUCAGUCGUGUAUCUUACAUUUGAAGUCUAUUUUAGGUAAGUCAUUCUCCGACCUUGCCACCACUGAAUAUGCUCAACUGCACUUUGUUGGCCUUUCCUCUGACGAAAGCAGACUGGGCUCUACCUUAAUCGAUGUUGGGAUUCAGGAUGAAUACUUCACUGCAGAAGAAAUCGUAGCAAUGUCUUUGAACAACUUGAGAGAAAGAGCCAUUUCUGACAUUGAAGAGCUGUCCUUAACCUCUUCUUCUAGGAACAAGAAGACUAUUCUUGAUGUUGCUAUUUCAAUUCCACCAUUUGCAAGCCAGCAAGUCAGACAGUCUUACUUGGACAUCUUGGAAUUGGCAAAUUUCACUAGUGUUUUGGGCCUCAUUGAUGACGGAACUGCUGUUGCCUUGAAUUUUCUUUCCAACAAAAAGUUCACAAAUCCAGAUGAAUUGACUGGUGAAAGAGAAUACCAUAUGAUCUAUGACAUGGGUGCUGGUUCUACAAAGGCUACCCUUUUCCUGUUCGUCCCAUUCAAAAAUGGCACUAUUCAUUUGGAAUUGGAGAACGUUGGAUACGAUGAAACAUUUGGUGGUCAAUUGCUUACCAACUCAAUUUAUUCUCUUAUCAAGGAAAAGUUCUUGGAACACUUCAAAUUACUGCAUAACAACAAUAAGGAAGUCACUCCUAAAAUAGAAGCAAGAAUCUUGGAAGCAGCUGAAAAGGCGAAAUUAGUUCUCUCUGUAAACGCGGAAUACCAAGUUUCCUUAGAAUCCAUCUACAAGGAAAAGGACUUUAAGACAUCUAUCUCUAGAGAAGCUUUCGAAGAAAUCAAUAGUGAUUUAUCUAGAAGGAUCACCCAACCAAUUUUAAAUGCAAUCAAGGGUGUAGCUGGGGUGAACUCAAUCGCUGACGUCAAGUCUGUAGUUUUAGCUGGAGGUUCCACUAGAGUUCCUUUCGUUCAAAAGCAUUUAUUCACUUUGUUGAACGAGGAACAAAUCUCCAAGAAUGUUAAUGCAGAUGAAAGUUGUGCAAUUGGAACAACAAUUAGAGGCUUCAAGCUAAAGACUCAUUUAGAGAAGGCAAAGGACAUUAAGGUUUUUGACAAAGCAUUCCACAGUUAUGAAUUUGGAUUGAACAGUAAUGACGAACAAACAGUGGUCUUUCCAAGGGGUUCUUUAAUAGGGAACGACACUAAGGUAGCUCUUGCAAAUCUUUCGGAUACUGAAACCCUUGACAUUACAUUAUAUGAAGAUGGCCACUUAAUCAAGACUUACCCUAUUGAUGACCUUAGUAAGAAGGGUGAAAAAUUGAAAUGUAAGAAUAAGAAGGAUCUUAAGCAAAUUGUUGGUACAUUCAGUUUGGAUAACAACAAGAUCUUUGACUUAAGUAAGCUUGAAAUUGAAUGUAUUACCCCAGAGAAACAAAAGAAAUCAUCCAAUUUCAUCAAGAAUUUGUUGAAGAAGGACACUGAAGAAGAAGAAGAAGAAGUAGAAGAUGAGGUUGAAGAGGACGAAACUGUCGAAAGUGAAACUGCAAGUGCUGCUGAAGGAAACGGAAGCAAUUCAUCCAAUUCAACAACUAAGAAAUCAAAGCCAAAGGCAAAGUUGCCAAUCCAACCAAGACCUAUUACUAUAAGUAUCACAAAGCCAGUGUACUCUCAAAUCAAACCUUUAUCUUCAACUAAAAAGGAAAGAAUUUCUAAAAGAUUAUCUCACUGGAAUUCUCGUGAUGAGACCAGACUUGAAAUUGAUUCUGUUAAGAAUAUUCUCGAGGGUCAAUGCUAUGAAUUCCGCUCAUACCUUGAAGAUAACGAAGAAUUGUUGGAAAAGGAAAUAACUAGCUUAUCCGAUUACACUGCUUUCGUUGGUGAUGUUAUCGAAUGGCUCGAAUUUGAAAGCAGUGGAUCUACCCUUGACCACUUCAAGUUGAAAAUCAAAGAAAUCAAUGAGAAGAAGAAGGAAUUGGAUAAAAUCAUUCAGAUUUCAAAGACUGAUUUAACAAUUGACGGAUUAAAGAAAAUUUAUGAGGAAGGUAGUCAAGUUAUUAUGUCCAUUCAAGGCUACUUAAUUGAAUUUGGUACUGAAAUCAAUGAAAUGAGACAGAAAUUUGAAGAUGAAGGAUUUAAUUUCGAUAAAGAGAACGAUAGAAUUAAGUUGCAAUUGUUGGGCAAAUCAGGUGGUCCAGAUAAAUUGAUGAGCUUAGAUAAGACCCUUGGUCAAUACAAAGAACAACUAACCAAAUUGGGAGACAUUAUCGACUUGGAUAUUGCAAAGUUUAACAGACUUUCCAGAGAUGAAGUUUGGGAAAUUUACGAUGAUAUUUCUCUGAAGAUUUUUGAAAUGUUGGGUGAUGUUGUAAAGGUGGAAGAAGCACACAAAGAUAGAAUUACUUUAUUUGAACAAAAGUUAAAGACUUUAUUAGAGAGAAAGGCACAAAAGGAGUAUAGAGAAAAGUUGAGAGAAGAAGCGGCAAAGAUAAAGAAGGAUGAAAAAGCAGAAAAGAAAGCAGGGGAAGAAGAUACAGAAGUAGUUGACGAGGAAGUGUUUGAAAGAGUAGAAGAAGUAGAGGAAGACGGAAGCGGAUCUUCAACAGUAAUCGAAGAAGAUGAAUCAAAAGCUACUAAAUCUGAAGCUCCUCAUGAUGAGUUAUAA